UUGAACGGAAAGUGGGUUUAGAAUUUCGGGAGCAGAUUCGAAAUAAAAUGGUUCAACUGCCGGAGGGUCCCGGUUUCCAUGGUAACCGGGCCUAAUCUGCCUCCUUCAGUUUACAGCCCAGUUCUUGCCGACUAGGACGCGCUUUCACUGCAGAAAGCUGUGAGGUCUUUAUAACUAAGCCGAGGAGACGGUAAGCGCCGGAGACGAAGCGACUCCUGUGCUUCGAGCUUGGGUUUCCAGUCCGAACGAAAUCGAUUAGAUCCGCGCCUAGACUGGCCGGGAUUGAAUUCGUGAUCGGGGCCAGAGACUCCAGAACGGACGCUGCAUAACGAAUGGCGUUGGACAAACUGAGUGCCUAUGGAAAGCUGUUUCAGAUGUAUGAAGGACAAUUGUUGGUUUAGGAGCACUUCUGAAGAAAUGGCGACAAACAGCUCUACGUUCUGCCUCGGCACUUCGCAAGAUCAAAUGCUGUCUUCAGAGCACGAAAGUCAGGUGAAGCCCAAGCCGCUUUUGCUUAAACUGCUGCGGUUUGCAGGUGCGCAGAAUGAAACCUUUACAGUGAAGGAGGUAAUGUACUACUUAGGGCAAUAUAUAAUGGCUAAGCAGUUGUAUGAUGAAAAACAGCAGCAUAUCGUCCAUUGUUCAGAUGAGCUGUUGGGUCACUUGUUUGGAGUGCAGAGCUUUUCAGUGAAAGAACCACGGACAUUGUAUGCAAUGUUAUCAAAAAAUCUGACAUCUGUGAACCGUAAAGAUGCUAUAAAUGAUCUCAAUCUUGGAAAGGAGAUUACCAACCAUCUUGGGGGUGAAGAUUGUCUUGUGGCUGGAAGGCAAAAUGAUGGGAGUGCAUGUACAUCUUGCAAUGUUUCUUGUUCUCCUGUUCCAGGCAGAAGAUCUAAUUCUGGUGAAUCUGAUAAUGAAAUUUCAUCUGAUGAUCAAUUUCACAAUAGACGUCGAAAACGACACCGAUCAGAUAGCAUUUCUCUCCAUUGGGAUGAUCUGUCUUUAUGUCUAAUCAGUAAACUUCGUCGUGAACAUGGAAACAGCGAAUCAUCAGAUUCUCCUAGCCAUCUGGACUUUAACUUUGCUACGGAAGGAGAGGACUCCAGUGAUAAGUUCAGCGUUGAGUUUGAGGUUGAGUCAAUACAUUCUGACGAAUAUAGCAAUUUCAGUGAAGAUUCACAAGACCCAACUGAUGAAGAGGUUUAUGAAGUUGCCAUAUAUGAAGCUGCUGACAGUGACGAAGGCACUUUUAUUGAAGAAAUUGAUCCAGAAUUAUCUGUAGCUGAUUAUUGGAAAUGUUCUGAAUGUGAAGAACUGAAUCCUCCACUACCACGAUUCUGUCACCGAUGCUGGUCCCUUCGGCAAGAUUGGCUUCCAGAUAAACCUCAGCUCAAACGGUGUGACACAAUGGAGAAUGAAGGUAUUGAUGUUCCAGAUUGCAAAGCAUUGAUGCUUGAGUCAAAGGAGUCAAACUGUUCAGAUUUGAUCAGUGAAACCUCUCAUUACUCAGAAUCACAAGAAACUGAAUGUUCACAACCAUCUACAUCUGGAAGUUUCAGCUGUUGCAGCCAAGAAACUGAAAAAGAAAAUGCAGACAAGGGGGAGAAAGGAGACCUCAAUAAUUCUGGACCUUUUGAAGCUUGUGUUAUAUGUCAGACACGACCAAAGAAUGGUUGUAUUGUUCAUGGUAGGACUGGCCAUCUUCUUGCAUGUUAUGCAUGUGCAAAGAAACUGAAGAAGAGAAAUAAACCGUGCCCAUUAUGCAGAGAGCCAAUCCAAACGGUUGUGUUGACAUAUUUUAGUUAAAUCUAUUUAUAAUAGUGUGGUUUGAGUUUGCAUAAGGCACACUUCUGGGGAAAAAAAAAUUGGGUGAAUAAACUGCUAAAAGUUGUGAAAUUUAUAUUGUCAUGAUUUUCCGUUAUAACCAUUGAUCUGAUGGGAAAACCUAGUCCAUUGGUGCUACUAGAUAUAACCAAUCCGUGUUGGGGUCCAUGUUUAAGAUUGCAUUUGAUUUUUUAAAAAUAUAAUAAAUUAGUUUUGGUUGGUUAGUUGUUUCCGGAAAAGGGGAUCCCAUUGAGAUAAUGAGAAAGAAUAUUUGCCUCUGCAUUUAAUUGCAUUAAACACAUUAAGUGUUCCAGUUUUAAUUUGUUUUUCUCAUUUACACAUUUAUCCUGUUUUGCUCAGUUAAACUAAAUUAAUAUGGAAAUGUUGUAGGCAUCACCUUUUUGUGCUAACUAGCUCAAUUCAAAAUAAUAGUAUGAAAAGACAGCCAAGACAGUGAGGAAAUUUUUUUGAACUUCUAUUUGUGUACCUCUUUCAUAUAUCAAAACUCUUAUGGUAUUUAGGUACUGUUAAAAGGGAAAUAUUUAUUGAAUAGUUAUCAAAUGUAGAAAUUUGUGAUCAAAAAUAGAAAUAGAGAUUUGCUCUUAACCUUAUUUGCCGAGCCUGCAGAUUAGGUUGCAAACGUUUCAACACCAGUCGAGGUGACAUCAUCAGUGCGCAGCUGAGUGUUAUUUCUGCCUUGCUUGUGCUUUCAUUGGCCUGACUUGUUGUUCUGAUUGGUUGGCUGUCACUCUGGCCACUAGCCUCCACUGGGUCCCUGUCAACCAGAUAGCUGAGUGAUCUCCUCUAGCCCAUAUCCCACGUUAUCGAUCAUUGUGAGCAUUGGUUCCUUGGGUGUCCAUGGCUCACCCUUCGGCCCCACUCCCACUGAAAUAUAGGUUCAUAAAUCGUAUUCAGUUCAAUAUGCCUGUUAAUAGGGUCUCCCAUUGAGAAUUAAGCUUCUAAAAAUUCUCUUGAUUUCUUGUUUUGUACUUCUGCCAGGAUUUUUGUAGUUUCUCAGUCAAACUUACGUCCUUGGUUUUCAUGUACUGAGAUGAGUGACGGAAGAUCAUGUCUUCUUGCGGCCAGCUGAUAUUCAUGUAGUCUCAUGGAUAGUUUUCUUCCCGUCUGUCCUAUGUAGUGUGUGGGCAGUCACCACAUCAGAUUUGGUACAUUGUGUUUGUUCUGUUCUUGUGGGCUAUUGGAUCUUGGGUCUCGAGAUGAGCAUUCUGAUGAUUGUGCUGGGUUUGUGUGCUGCCAUUAUUCCGUGUGGUUGAAGCAGUCUUGCUGUCAUGUCAGAAAUAUUCCUGAUGUAUGGUAGGGUUAGCCUCUUUCUCUCUGUUCAGUAGGAGUUAAAAGGUUGUUUCUCCAGACAAGACAUCUUCUGAUGAAAUUUUUUGGACAGUCAUCAUGUGUGAAUACUUUUUGAAAAGAUGAUUUUCUUCUUGCAGUCUGCAGUACUGCAGUGUGUUUCUACUCGAUUGGAUAGCUUUCGGAAGCAAGUUUGUUUGUGGCAGUUGGGGUGAUUACUGUAAUAACUGAGGAUUUGGACCGUAUUCGUUCCUUUCUGGUAAAUCAAUGUUUUCAAACUUCAAUCUGCAUUCCCCCGAUCAGUACAUCUCGGAAAGGGAGUCGGUCUUUUGCUUCAACUUCCACUGUAAAGUUAAUACUGUGAAUGCAUUGCUGAUCUGGCUUUGCACCUCUUUUAUCUGGUCUCGUUUGCAUGCUGAUGAUGUCACUUCGAUUGGUGACGAAACAUUUGAUACUUAACCUCCAGGGUCGGCAAACAAGCAGCCAAUCCGAGCUACCAAUCUCCUUCAUUUCAAAGAAAUAGUUUUUAACAGAGUUUAGUCUAUUUAUAAUUUAUAUUGAAAAAGGCAUCUCUGAAAAGCAUCAUUCCUUUUGUCUCACUACAUUGGCCUUGAACUAAUAACAAUUCAAGAGAUGCAGGUAGAAUCAUAUAAUGAUUCUAACUGCACUAUUGUGUAAAGACGAGAAAUCAGAUGACACCCAUAGGCUGUGGUGGAUACGGAUCACUUUUGUUUUGAAUAGAAUAUUUUACAGCCUUAACGCUAAAUGUGACAAUACCUCUGAAUGGCGAGGACUGAUACAGUUUGGUACCAGCAGCUUGCAGGAGUUGCCAGUCAGCACUGAACUCAAUGUAGGUCUGCCUUAGGGACUCCAGCUCCAGAUUUUUCCCGUAGGCCAUGAGUGGGUAUAGCCGCAAAACAGCAGAAGUUUAAGGUCAGAAUUUUCCUUCGAGAUGAGCUGCCACCCAUGGCUGACAAGCUCCAUCUGCCCAAAGCACCUGGCUCUAUGGUGCCAGUACCUACUUUUGCCCUUUCUUCUGUCAGUAGAAAUGGUUUCCCUGGGCUUAGUAGCUACUUAUAUGGUUACAGAUAUAUGUUGUAGAUUUAGUUAUGCCCCAGACAUUUAUUCCAUUGAUGAUUUUUUGAGUGAUUGGUUUAAAAUUUGGAAUAUUUACUAAUGACUAAUCAAGAUAUUUUCACUCGGACUGCUGGAAAUACUCAUCAAUUCAGGCAGAAUCUCUGACGGAAGUGAUAGUUUUGGGUUGACAAGUACUCACUGGUGAAUUCAACUCUCUUAAGUUAACAUGCUAUUUUGUUUGAAAGUCAUUUGAAACAAAUGUCUGUUAAUCGGUCUGAAAUGUUAAUGAAAACUAUUUCCAUUAGAUAGCUCAUGGGUUAGAGAAAUUUUUUACCAUUCACAUUUAGUAAUGUGGGAGUUGUGGUAAGUUGGAGGAGUCUGAAUUGGAAAUUUGCUAUCUUUAACCAAUCAUGAUCUAAAUAAGGGGGUGAAAUUCUAAGAAACCAGAAAAGCUCAGGUAGAAAAAUAUACUUCAAAACAUGGAAAGGAAGAAAAAUUUGUUUUAAUUUCAAAUACUGACUGACUUUCCCCAAGAUAUCUUUACAUAAUACUGGCAUUCUGCUAAACUGCAGAUUUUACAGAUCUCAUAAACAGUUUUUGAGCUUUGGUUCCACUUCUGUUUGGGCUUUUUUUUGAAAAUUGGCAAGUUGUGUCCAUAUCAAAAGUAUACAAAGCUAAAUAAGGGACUAAAAGAGUAAGUUGGGUAGACUCCACUGUAGCCACACCUUGGGAAGAAGAUAGGAUUAUAAGCAAACCGAUUAUUCCACUCUUCCCUGUGGGUAGAAAUAGGGCGGUUGCAGCACUAUUUCAUAUAAAAGGACUUCUAUUUCAAGAGCCUCAAAUACGGUAAAACACGGAAAAUAAAAAUACGGGUCGACCUUCACUAAUCCGGAACCAUUGGGACCUGAGGAGUGCUGGAUUAGUGAAAAUGCCAAAUUACAGAAGGAUCACACUAAGCAUAAUCAGUGCCAGAUUAUCGAAGGAACCGGAUUACAGUUAGUCAGAUUAGUGAAGGUCGACCUGUGCUUAAUUUUACAUGCAUGUCCUUGUAAAAGGCUACAUUUUAAUUAUGUAGAGGCAAACAAGCAAAACAAUGCAAAAACUUAAUGAUUCUAGUGCAUUUACUUGCAAGUGCAGAAAGUCAACAUAUUUAGAUAACUUGCAUCCCUUUCUGAGCCAAUUUACUUCUUGACAUAGUCUCUGAAUUGGAGGCUUCCAUUAUUAACUGAGGUUUAUCCUCAGCUGAAGACUGAUUAAUUCUGAAUUUGAAAAUUCUCCAGUUUUCAGCUAGAAGCAUGUAUAGUUUAUGACUCAUCCAGCUAUAAUAUGACCAACUUCAGCUAUUUCUUUUUACAUCACUUUGGAGAGAACAGUACCCAAGCAUGGGUUAGUGUGUUUGCUAGCUGAAAAUAACAUAUUAUGAAUGAGUUAGGAUCCAUGUUUACUGUUACAUUUUUCAUAAGGUUAAUUUUAUCAAAAAGUUUAAUUAUUUUCCCUGUUUAGUAACUCACUAGUUUCCUCCUUCCAUUGAACUGCUUUGCAACUUCGGUCAAGGUGAAACUUCCAAAGUGAAUUUUAAAAAGUGAUCUUUUCUUGAACAGGUUUGGUUAUUGAAUGCCUAGAAUGCAAUUUAAUAUUUUAAUGUAUUGAUAAGAUAAUUUAUAUUCUAGAUAUAUGCUCAUUGUUUUUUAAUUUGUGUUGAUUUAGAGAAUGCAAAGUUUUGUAUACCGUUAACUGUUAAAACUAUUAAUAUAAAAAUACCAAUAUAGGUUGUCUUUUCCUUUGUAAAACGUGCUAUUUAAAUUUAAAACAAAGCUUAUUUUCAUUGUAGUUGAAUA